AUGGCGACGGAGCCCGUCUGCAUCGACAACGACGCGACCUUCUAUCCCUUUGGAAACACGCCGGCCGUCAGCCUCACCCAGGCGAUGCCGCCGAAUGUAAAGGCCGAUAUCUUGCUCCUAGGCUGUGGCGAUCUGCGUCAUGUCUUAUUUACGAACCAUGUUGAUGGUGGUCGGGAAAUGGACAUCACUUGCUCUGAUUCUCAGAGUGCUAUCAUAGCCCGCAACAUCCUCCUCCUAACCCUCAUCCUCGACAACGACCCGCAGAAGAACGCGCACAUGUGGAGCCUCUACUUCCACAUCUACAUCGACUACUUCGCGUACCUCGUCCUGCGCUUGCAAGCCGUGAAGCUCUUCAACCUCGCCGCGAACAUGGAGACCUGGACGCAGGGGCCCUAUAGCUCCAUCAUCCGCUUCGUCGACAACGGCUCGCUCGCCGAGGCGCGGCAGAUGUUCGAGUUCUACGGAAAGGACCGCGCGAGCUUCGAGCUCGUGCGCUUGCACCACCGCCUCGAGGCCGUCAUGGACAAGGCGAAGACGAUGAACUUUGGCCUCUAUCUUUCCACGUACUGCGGCGUCCGCUCCGCGUUCCCGGCGGCGGUCGAUAGCGGGGAGUUCCGCGACGCGCUGCAGAAGCUGCACAUACAUUACUGGCGGAACGGAGGCCUGAGUCUGCUCGACGACAACGAGAGCAUGCGGUUUCCGAACACCAUGUUCCUAAGCUUCCACGAGAAGCCGUUCGUCCACCCGGCCGCGAACCCGCUUCUGGGAUUUCAUCUCGCCUUGGCCUGCGGCCCCAUCGGACCUUUAUUCGAUUCGACUAGAUACCUCUGUCUGCGCGAAAGACUCGUCGUCGCAGCCAGGAGCGAGUUCCACUCCUGGGUAGAAUCGUACCGCAAGGAGACGACGAAGAUAACCCUCCGCUUCUGCAUCGCCGACCCGGUGCCCCUCGCGCACACACUGAAGAAUCUCCAAGUCUCGAAGACCCGUUCCGCCAACUGGUACCGGAAGCAAUUUUACCCGGAGCACCUGAUCCUCGAUGGGCCCGACUACCAAGACCGCACCGCCCCUUUAGCAUUCGACGUGAUCGAUACGGCGAGUCUCUGCGACGAUAUGGGCCCGCUAGUUCUAUUAUCCGCCGUCUCGCCCCUCUUGCGACACGAGGUAUCCUCGACGCUCUACACGGAGCGCCUUAAGCCGCGCUUCAUAACCGAAUGGCCGACGCUCCUCAAGAUGCUCAACGGUAAUUUCAGCGCCGUUACCAUGCUUCUCGGACUGCACCCCGCCGAGUUCUGGACGGGAGUAUCGCCUCUUUCUUCCGGCGAGGAGGCUGUCCUUGGUAUCCGCAUGGGCGCCUCGCAUGGUAAUCAGGCAGAGCAGACGCGCAACACUCUUGGCCACCUGCGAAUCAGCUGGAAGCGCCCGGUCUGCUUGCAGGGACAGGCAGGCCCCAGCAUCGGAUUGAUGCCUAUCGAAUUCGACCCGAAGGAGCUGGCCGGCGUGCUCGGCCUGGUAUACAAGCAUAUGUUCCUCGAAGACAGGCUUAAUGAGGGCAGAAAGGACCCCUCAGGCCCUGCUGUGAUGUGGCAUCACGGACUUAGUUUCGUCGCAUUCCUCCGCCUCGUCCAGACGCGUGUCGAAACUGACUGGAACGCCAUGAUGUGCCAUCUCCUAGACUACAUCAAGAGCCACAAGCCGGACAGAGGUGGCGAUAAGAAGUACCAGCCAGAGAUAUUCAGCUACCUCCAGAUCCUGGAUGUAUUCCGAGGUCUCGAACUAGAGACCCAUUUGAAGGAGUGGCUGGCCCGAUGGUGGCAUCGCGAGUUAGUCCACCACAAUCACCCACCGCCGCCGAGCCCACCACAAUCGAAACUGGCAGACUGGAAGAACAUCCCUCCCGUAGUCUGUGUUACCAUAAUGAUCAAUCAUUAUAUCUUCAAGGACUUUCAUAAGAGAGGCGGAAAAUGGGCUUUCAGACCGAGUAUCAACUGCAACUUGCGCAGUGUGCCGUACGAUACCGCGUUCCCUGCUUGCCAGAUUAUGCGCGGCGAACACACUACCAAAGGACGCCGAAACACUCAUGCGUUCAAGAUUCAUGUAUUUGAGGUGGAUGGCAAAGCAGACCCGAAAUCGCCAUGGUUCGUUUCUUUCUACGUCCCGUCAGUUCUCCUGCUCGAAGAGCCAGAUAAUAGCAAGGUUUGCCUUACGAUUCACCAAGAUGUGGUCGUCAGUGAUGGUCGAGUGAAGCUAAACCAGGCGGAGGUGUUUGGGGGUCGCUUGUGUAACCACAAGAAUGUCUUCAUCACCCGCUACGCUCCAGGCCAGGCUGGCUUCCCGAAAGUCCCCGGCUUCGGUCCGGACGAUCUAGCAGGCCCGGACGAGAUGAACCUGGGCGCGGAGACAUUUUUCAGCGCGGGAUUUAAUCCCCCGACUAGCCAGGUGAUUACCGUGGUUGGCCAAAUAUACCCAGAUCGCCUUCAGUUUCGCCGUAAAUCCAAAAUUGUGUCGGGGCCUGGAAAGAAACUGCAGUGGAAGUCGGCGGGGCCCUGGCAAGUUAAUAUUGAGGAUGAGAAUAUGUCGGUGCCCUUUACUUUGCAUUACCCCAUCCCCGUGGUGCCAACCCCUACUGGAUCGUUGGAUGAGAAUGCGCCAGAAAUGAGUGUUCCCGCAAUAGCCGGCAAGACGGGUGAUCGGAUUUACCCGAUUUAUCUUCCAUGUGGAGAGCCGGUCAUUUGGAACCUCCCAUACCUGAACCUAGAGAAGUGUCCGAUUAUUGACACCCUGCAAAGUGAGAAGGUAAUAUGGCUGAAAUGUCACUUCCUCUCCGCAACAUCAGAUGUGGAGUAUUUGAUGCUUCAGCCGCGUUCGCCGAAACCCUCAACCUUCGAUGACGCCUACAGAAACUACAAAGAGUCAAUCUAUCUGAUUUUUAUGCGCUAUGUCGGCCACAUGGGUACUCGACCCCGUGUGAUAGUCAUCCGCGACAAGAAUGAUGAUCUCCAACUCAUCAUCAUGCCUUCGAGUCUGCGAUUGGACCUCUCCAACCGCUCUGCAGUGCUGGACUGUGCUAUUAUCUCGUGCCACCCUAAAUUUGAAAGCGAGAACCAGAACUUCCUCCAAGGGGAUAUUUGGAAGAACGUGUAUUCGACCUCAGCGAGUGAUGAGGAGAUAGCGAUGUGGCAGAAAGCCGUCCCCGCCUUUGUCGAGCGCUGCCGCACGUGGUCCCACGAACCAAACGUCUGCGAGUAUUAUCAACGCAAAGAGGUGCCCGUCUCGAGAGACGAGCAGAAAAAGCCACACUGUUCCUGCGGUGAUGGCAAGUUCCCUCCAGGAUUCUUAGAGGACGUGGACCACUGGGACAAGGUCUCUCCAUUUGCUGUGCGCGCAGCAAUAUCAUCCCCCUUUUGGGCCCCAUCUGUGGCCGACUGUCGCUCGAUCGUUGCGAAUGAAGUUGAUUCCAAAGCAAUUUCCAAAACAGAUGGAGAAAUUUGA